CGUCUCACUGUUGGGCAUUGCAUGGCCUGUGCUACAUUGGAGUAGAGCUUGUGGUAGGGCGAACAUAGUCCACAUCAGAAUGUUGGGCAGCGCCGUCUGCAUUGCGGCCGUGACUAAUACCGCCGCCUCCAUUGGAUUCACCGUAUACCUCUUCACCAGUGAGGCGCAGGGUCGUCUGCCGAAGCUUUUUAGCCAGUGGGCCGAGCGGAGUUUCACCCAAGAGUUCUAUCUAUGUGAAGCGGUGCCGAGUGUGUUUCCCGACACGAAUGCAUUGUAUGGGUUUUCUGCUUGUGAGAGAUCUCGUGCGGGGCGAUAUCUGAUGCUGGUUGUAUGUUGCGUAUCAGCGCUUCUGGCCGGCCUCGGUGUUUUGCAGGCGCACCGAGAUGGGGUGUUUGCGGUGUUUGUGAAAGCCAGGUUGAGAAGAGGUCCGGACGUGGAGCAGAGACGGCCGGAGAGGGCUAACAAGGGCAAGCUCCCACAACCGCCGGCGAUGGCGCACAUGCCUUCUGGGCUGCCGCUGUCAAAGUCUGGAGUCCUGCAGAACAUGUCGCCAGAGAAUUCACAAUGUCGAACGUCCUUACAUGGGUUUUACGGGAAGUCGUAAGAGAAGAAGGUUUACGAUAAUGUCGUU